AAACAUACCUAAACCAAUUUUUCUUAUCUGCGCUAGUUUCGUCGACAAAUGACAACCAUACCAGGUUAAUUUUUCGCCAAGGUUUCUCGUAAAAUGUCACGGUUUCAUGUGGGAUUAUUUAUAUUUUGUUGAAACCGCCGCCGGUAUGCACAAGAUGUUCAGGCAUUGUGAGGAGGAGCUAUAAGUAAGGCGAGGAGAAGACCACAUAAUACUGGAGAGGAAUUUAUAUCUCCCAUUUCGAUUAUCAACAUGCGCUCACAAAUUUACCUCUGCCCAGCUGAUCGGAAGUAUGCUUGCAGUUGGGAAGGGCCAUCCGAGAACAUUCUGCAUCACUUCAGCUUAGAACAUGAAGAUCUUCUGUUUCACAAUGGAAGUGUCGAUAUCGCCCUUCAUGUGGCUUCGGAAAACCGACUUCUAUUUGUCGAUGGAGAAAUCUACUUGUUCCAAACGAAAAUCGACCACGACCACGUGAACAUGUACUUAAGAUUUUUAGGGCCCGCCCAUGUGGCAUCCAACUUCAGCUAUGAUAUCGAAGUCUCCGCCAGUGGCAUGAAAAUGAGCAAACAAGACAUUGAAUUAAAAAAUGGCUUUUUUAGUGUCGGUUUAGAGUGCUUACGCACAUUUUUCGGAGAUGUGGAUUUGAUAAACUGCCACCUGAUAAUCAGCGGUGAUUCAACGAGUAUUCAUUCGGAUGACGGCAUUAGUAUUUACGUUAAUCCUCCUGAUAGCUCCGACGUUUAUUUAGGGAAUAUUAAUGAGGACAUGGACGGAGCCCUGUCGGUCUCAAAUUUGGACUUGCAUGACUUUUUCUCCACGCCCAAAGACGGAAAUUCGCCAGUGGAAGUCAUAGAGGGCAAUGACAUGAGUUUCAAUGAAACUCACAGAGCUACAUGGUCUGGGACAAAAUUAAACGGUCCAAAAGUGCGCCCAAGUUCUUUGAGUAGAUCGCAAACAUUCUCGUCUGAGGACGUUCAACGGAGCUCCAUUAUGAAACGGCAGGCAAGCAUGAGGAGCCUCAGCUCCAUCUCUGAAGCUGACUUAAACUUGGUUCUUCAAUGCUCGAAUUGCUCUGGUCAUCUGGCGCCUCCAAUAUUUCUGUGUGCUCAUGGACACAACAUUUGCACAAGCUGCUAUCGCGACACCAGAACAUGUUCGAUUUGCCAGUCGGAUAUAACAGCGGAACGGAACGAAGAGCUCGAAGGCAAAGCUUACAACUAUCAGUAUUCUUGCAUCAACAGCAAGCACGGGUGUCCGCAGAAGUUGCCCUAUCAGGAAAUCAACGACCAUCAGAUAAAUUGCACAUUUUGCGACUAUACUUGUCCCAUAACGCACUGCGGUUUCAAGGGGCCCUACAAACCGAUGUUAUGCCACUUGAACGUGAUCCACAGCAGUGUCAAGCUCUUUCAGUCCUUCAUAGCGAUUUUCCAAAAAACCCAAGAAGUUUUUCUGGUAAACGAGAAAUUGGGCAUUUUCUACUGCACGUGGACUCAGGUCGAUAACAGAAUCGUUUGGAAGGCGAAAUUCUGCGGGCCCAAGUCGAGAAAGUUCUUCUGCGAGCUGAAGUUCCAAAGGAAGAACUUCAAGAAGCCGAUGCUGUUGAGUAGAUGCGACGAUUACUAUUUUAAGGAAAUUAGCAUACCCGAGCUAAAAGAGCUGAAGCUGAAGGCGAAACAUUCAGUGCUGACUGUGACGCGAUGACCAGACAUUAGUAGUUGCUAAACCGUAAUAAAUCGCUAAUGCUAUGGUU